AUGGAUCAGUUCUCGGAAACCCGAUCCCUAGUGAUGGAUCCAGACGGCGAUAUCCUAGCUAUCUUGCGUAUACCCUCCACUCCAUUCGCGCCGUGGGACAACAAUGAGGAGAAGGAGGCGGCAAGCGAGUCGGAAGUGCCAAACAGCCCCACAGAAGAAUCAUAUAUAGCCCCCUCUGAAGAUGAUCCCCCGAGGAGAUUGCGCUAA